AUGGGCCUUAAAACAAAAAAAGCCGAAGUGAAUUUGGUUCCUGUGCCACCAGAUGGCGGUUGGGGCUGGAUGGUCGUGAUUGCUUCCUUCUUGAUCCACGUCAUCGCUGACGGAUUCGUUUAUUCCUUUGGAACUCUGGCUGAUGAUCUAAUCAAGGUGAUUUAGCAGUAAAAUAAAAAUAAUCUUGAUUAAUCACGAGCAUUUGAUGUGAACUGAGAGGCUUGCCACUGCUGAGUUUUUUUUUUUCAAUCUUUUGUCUUUUCAAGGAGUUCAACGCCAGCAACGCGACCACAUCGCUUAUAAUUUCUGUUCUGACGGGUCUCACAUUGGGAAGCGGCCCCCUGGCCUCGGCUAUUUGCAACAAAUAUGGUUGCCGGGUCACGACUAUCACUGGAGCCGUUAUCUCUCUCAUUGGGUUUGCUUUGGUCAGGAAAAAUAUUAGAGUGGAAUGUUUCAUGGUUUUCUUUUCGAAAUCCUUGACAUCAUUUUUGAAGGUUCAUGGGCGUUUUCUUCACGAAAACGAGACAAAAAGCUGGGUUUCUCAUUAUUUUUUGACAUACCAGGCUUCUGCGCCUUUAAAUCAUCAUUUUAAUGAUUAUGUUUUUGAGAAUUUUCUUUUUUUAAACCAGUUCAUAGGAAAAAAACAACGGUUCAAUUUCGUAAAAUGUUCAUUAUUGAAAAAAUUAAAGAUAAUAGACUUGUUUAUUAUUUUUUAAUUUGUGGUCUUUCAUACUUUGACCUAUAGUAUGUUAACCAUACAGUCUCAUUGUAUUUUUUCUUCUCAAAAUAGAACUUUUAUUGAAAUUAAAUUGAUGCUUAGGUUUUAUGCAAAAAAAAAAAUAAAGGUUAUAAUAUAACUUUUGAGAAAUAAGAUUUUUUUAAGUUUCAUAUUUUAUCUGAAAUUCUUUGUUUCAGAUGCUUCUGCGCUUUCAUGUCGUACUCCAUCUACCACAUAAUGUUCAGCGUGGGAAUCGUGAUGGGAAUCGGAUUCGGGUUGAUGUAUUGCCCGGCGAUUGUCGUUGUUACCAUGUAUUUUGAGAGGUUCUCUUGUAUUUUAAUGAAAUAUUGAUUUUUUCCAUUGAUAGAUGGAGAUCUCUCGCCACUGGGAUCGCAGUGUCUGGCGCCGGAGUCGGCACUGUCGUUUUCGCUCCAAUCAACGUUUAUCUGAGCACGAAUUACGGCUGGCGCUACGUUUUUGUUGCCACUGGCGGUGGGUUUGUGGGGAAAUCAGGCUGAAAUUUGCAAAAGCACAAAAAAAAAGAUUUAUUUCAAGUGGGUAGAGAGACCGUUUUUGUAAAAAAAUGAACAGAAAAAAAGAUUUUUAUUUUUUUAAAACUUUGAGUUGAAAGCAUCUUUAAUGGAAGGAAUUUUUCAAAUCAGAGACCCCGGAUCUCAGUGACCCCUCUAUUAAAAAAGAAAAGCAUAACAUUUUCCAGUUGCCAUAAUCAUUUGCUUCUUCUGUGGUUUGGUGUUCCGCCCGCUGAAGUUUGAGCUGGUUUCUGACGAGCCAAUCGCGAUUGAGCCCAAAAAUGAGCCCAUCAUCGAGCUGACGACUUCUGGAAAUCGCGUGGAACCCGACCAGAAACGUUUCUCGAAAGAAUCGACGGCCCUUUUGUCGCCUGUCAGUGAGCCUGGAGAAAAGAACGUCGAAGUCUUUGAAGUGCGGCCGGCACGGUCGCUCACUCACCUGGAGCCUGAUGAGGAAGGUAUGGACCGAUUUUUGGAGAAGCUAUCUAGGAAUGAAACGAAAUUAAGUUUACUUCAACCUUUCUCAAAAUAAAUCCUUUAAAAAACCUUUGAAGGUUUGCGACGAGUUUUAGGAUCUUACAGAAUUGCAGAGAAAAUGGUGGACCAUCAAGAUGUAUAGUUUGAUAAAUUAAAUGAGAAAAAUGUUAGAGAUUUUCAAUAUCUUCAAUAACUUGGUCAUUUUUUGAGAAAUCAGAUUAUUUCAUUUUAUUCCCAUGUUUUUUCAAUGUCAGGGCCAUUCCAAGUCUAUGUUUAUAAUCAGAUAUUUUUUUUCCACUUGCAAUAAAUUGUGUUAAUCCAGAUAAAGUAGAAUGUCGCGACGAAAUAGCUUUGAAUUCCCAACUAGGAAAAGUUCUCUGGUGUUUUUUUUUUGGAUUUUAUGGACUGAUUUUUCAGUCCUUGAUAUUUUUGCUUCCAGGGCAAGCUCACAUUGAAGUCGGCGAACGGGAAUCUGGAUUCAUCAACCGAAAGGACGUCUUCUACACGGGCUCGAUUCAUGACGUCGAAGAAUUCCGUGAACAUCCCGUCAAAUACAGGUACUGAAUCUGUUUCUUAGCAAUCUCCUUAUUUACCUGUCCAGAUCCACUGGCUCCUUGUCAAAAGAACAGAUCGCGGCCCGCAAAUCGAUCGGCUCGGAAGAUGUCGUUCAGGACGUUCUGGACACCACCGGCGAGGAGAAUAUCUCACGGUUGCAUUCGAAUAAAAAACUUCUUUAUUGAAGUUUUCAGUACUGUUAACCGAAUGCUGGACUUGUCACUGCUCGCCGAUCCGAAAUUCCUGCUUUUCUCAUUUUCCAACCUCCUCACGUCGGUCGGCUUCAACUCGCCGCUCUACUUCCUCCCACUUCACGCCGAACAGUUGGGCCUUUCCAAGGAACAAGGAUCCAGUGUUCUCGCCUUUUAUGGUACGGUUUAAAGCUUGAAAUGAGACAAAAAAAAAGCCGCAGGAUUGUUGAAAAAACUUGGAACAAAAAAGGAGGUUUUGAAUGGAAAGCGUAACUUUAAGCUUGAUGAAAACGCAUUUAAAAAUUCUUUAAUUCAAUUAAAGAUAUCAAUUUGCAACUUGGGCACAUUACAGUAAUGAGAAUUUCUACAGAAAUUGUCUUCUUCUCUCAAAAACAAGAUUUUUCAGUUGUUUCCUUCUCAAAAAAGUCAUUUUUCAGUAGUAACCUUUUUAUUUAAGGCAUUUUCAACACUGUGGGACGUCUGUUGUUCGGACUGAUUGCUGAUCACCGGAUUCCGCUUCCUUACGGAAUUGGGAACGAUACGGCGCGGAAUCGUCUUUGGAUCUACAAUGUGUCCCUUGCUGUUCGUCAAUUUCAUUUUUAAAUUUUCUCCCGACGCUUUAGAACUUUUCCAAGAGAUUUCGGAAAGACAAAAACGCCCAACUUUGUUGAAAUCGUUCAGAUUUGCGGCAUCAUCACAAUGAUUUGCUACAUGUUCAACGGAUUCUUCGAGCUCACCGUUUAUGGAGGACUUUUCGGUUUCACGAUCGCCUCGUACGUUUGCCUGACGAGUGUGAUUCUCGUCGAUUUGCUGGGCCUCGAGAAGUUGACCAACGCCUUCGGCCUGCUUCUUCUUUGGCAGGUAGGGGAGAUAAGAAAUCUUGAUUGAGCUUUUUUUUUUUCGAAAAACUGACAUUCGUUGACACAAAGUCCUCAGUAGGUUCUUAUCACCGGAAAGUUAUUGCUUCAUUCAUUAGGUGCAGACUUGUUCUGCGCCAUUUGGGUUUAGGAUAAGUUGGGAAAAAAAGGGCGUUAUGAUAACUUUUUCUACAAAUCAAAGAUGUUGUAAAACACGAUUUUUAGGAUUUUUUGAUUUUCCUUCUUUUCAGGGAGUCGGAACCGUUGUCGGCCCCCCGAUUUCGGGUUAUUUGGCCGAUAUCACUGGAAACUACGUAAUGUCGUUCGUUUUCUGUGGCGCUAACCUUUUUGUAAGCCCCCCGGCCUCCAAAUAACCUCAUUUUGACACUUUAGAUCUCUGGAAUCAUGCUUUUCGCCCUUCUCUGUUGCCAGAAGCGCGGCUUUUUCGACUUGGACACGAAUCGCAAAACCCUUGACCAGAAAUAUUAA